UGAUAUGUUUGCUGACGAGGAUGAUAACAGUAAGCCAUCUACAGAUGAAAAUAAUACAGUUAGUCAAUCUUCAUCGGACGCCAUAUAUGGCACUGAGGGUGGAGCAUUGCAAAAUGAUUAUGUGUAUGAUGAAUCUUCUGGGUACUAUUAUAGCAGCAGUUUGGGCUAUUAUUAUGAUCCAAAUACCGGGCUUUAUUGCUCUGCAGCAUCAGGACAAUGGUACUCAUUUAAUGAGGAGACUAGCACCUAUGAAGAAGUUGAGAAGGCUGCAUCCAACGUGAACUGAGGGACUUGUCUCAAGGAACAAUAGGCUAGUUAUAGCAUAGCCACAAUCAUUGUCUGCGAGUGGCUCAUGUACAGACCGAAACACUCUUGAACUUUUUGUACGUUAUGAGGGACUGCUACCACUGCUCAGAGUUGUGCUUUUAUCUCUUAUAAGGUUGUUGUUUUAUAUUAGCUAUACUUUUUUGCUUAAAAUUAACUUAGAAUGAUCCCUUGAAGUUAGAAUCAAUACAAGUUAUACAAUGUUAACCCUUAUCAAUUUGCGAGACAUAUUCACUCAUGCCCUCAAAUUGCAAAUCACUUUGCUUGUGCAAUUAGAUAAUUAUUAUUUUUGACAUCA